GAAGAGAAUGUACGGGCUGUACCAGCAGCUGAAAGCCAUGGUGUGGGGAGAGGGAAGUGAGAGGGAGAAGACUGAGCCUCCGAGCGCACCAUCUCCUCCCCCACAACCUCAGAAGAGGUUCUUUUCCGGAGAAAUCACCUCUCUGUCCGACACCUCUGGAAUGAUAGAUCACCAGGUGUUCUUUACUCCGAGUGUGGUUAUGGGAGGCCGGACUCCACAGGUUUGUGUCACAGUGUCUGCAACCAGAGUUGAAGUCACAGAAUUGUGGGACUCUGACACUGAUGAAGAAAGGAAGACAUUAAUUGGAUUCAUAUCUAAAAUCAGUCGCACACUGGCAGUGGUGGACUGUUCUACCAGCGAGGUGACCUUUGACCCCCAGCUCUACUGUGGAACGGGGUACCGGUAUGAGACAGGAGAUUGGGUGACUGUGGGAGUGAGGUUGGGCGAGGAGGGAGAGGAGGAAGAGGUGGAGUUUGUUCGUCCAUUGAGAGAGAAGGAAGUGGAGGGUGUCAUUACCUCGAUGAGUCGUGGGUAUGGAUUUGUUGACGAUGACAUCAUUUUCUCGUUGGGUCUGUGUGGGCGGAGUCAAGUGAGGAUAGGGGAGGAGGUGAAGGUGAAGUGUGUGGAGUGUCGACAUCAUCAGGCCAGCUGGAGAGCCGUUUCCAUGACUACGCUGUCGUUUUGUCCCCACACUCUCCCAUCGUCCCAGCACUCUCCUUCCCUUCCUCUCCUCUCUCCUUCGUCCCUUCCUCCCACGUCAUCAUCAUCAUCAUCAUCAUCAUCAUCAUCAUCAUGUGAAGGUCUGCUGAAGAACAGGUGUGGACUGGAGUUGAGUGAGGUUGGUGAGGUUGGGGAUGUGCUGGUGGGGAAACCAGAAGACUCUAACCAUAUCCAUCAGGAACACGAGGUCACAUGA